UAGUAUUUUUGCACUUCACAAAUUAAUGACCAUGAGCUCGUUUUUGAUAAACUCCAACUACAUCGAGCCCAAGUUCCCUCCCUUCGAGGAGUACGCGCAGCACAGCGGCCCGGGCGGCGGAGACGGCGGCCCGGGCGGGGGCCCCGGCUAUCAGCAGCCCCCAGCGCCCGCGGCCCAGCACCUGCCGCCGCCGCAGCAGCAGCCCCAGCUCUCCCACGCGGGCGGCAGUCGCGAGCCCCCAGCCUCCUACUACGCGCCUCGGGCCGCCCGCGAGUCCUCCUAUCCCGCGGCCGCGCUCUACCCCGCGCACGGGGCGGCCGACACCGCCUACCCCUAUGGCUACCGCGGUGGCGCCAGUCCGGGGCAGCCGCCGCAGCCCGAGCAGCCCCCGGCGCACGCCAAGGCUCCUGCGCACGGCCUGCACGCGAGCCACGUCCUGCCGCCUCCUCCCCCGCAGCAUCGUGCGGCGGCCCCCGCGCCCCCGCGGCGCUGCGAGGCGGCUCCCGCCACCCCGGGCGUCCCGUCAGGGGGCAGCGCCCCCGCGUGCCCGCUGCUCCUGGCAGACAAGAGCCCGCCGGGCCUGAAGGGCAAGGAGCCCGUGGUGUAUCCCUGGAUGAAGAAGAUCCAUGUCAGCGCCGUCAACCCCAGUUAUAAUGGAGGGGAGCCCAAGCGCUCCCGAACCGCCUACACCCGGCAGCAGGUUUUGGAGCUGGAGAAAGAGUUCCACUUUAACCGCUACCUGACCCGGCGUCGCCGCAUCGAGAUCGCCCACACGCUCUGCUUGUCUGAGCGCCAGGUCAAGAUUUGGUUUCAGAACCGAAGGAUGAAGUGGAAGAAAGAUCAUAAACUGCCCAACACUAAGAUGCGAUCCUCCAACUCCAGCUCGGCUUCAGCAGGCCCGCCAGGAAAACCACAAACUCAGAGCCCGCAUCCGCAUCCUUACCCCCACCAGGGCUCCUCCGCACUCACUCCUUCCUCUCUGUAAUCUUCCAGAGCUCUAGACCAGUUCUGUCCCUCACCUGCUUUUCUCCUCUCUUCUGCCCCCUUUCCCAUCCACCUGUCCAUAUCUGGACUACGACUGACCCCCAAACAAAACUCAAUUUUGUGAAAAGAUUAAUAAAAAGAAGCUGUUUUGCGGGUAAGAAAGCGUGUGAACUGGUUGCCAUGGAAGAGAAGGCAAUGACCACUGACCAAUGACCAUCCCACCAGGAUGCUGGCUGGUGGGACAACCUGCUGGCCUGGACAAGGCUGCCAGCUUUGGGUACCAGAGAAGGACCACUUGGCAUCAAAUACUUUUGAGAUGGCUGAAGCCAGUCGCACAACUCAUGUUGACUGGGGACAUGUACAUUUGUUGCAAGCAGAAGAAAACAGACCCUUUUCCUACCUUCCUUACCUUCCCCUCCCUCCUUAAGGCAGCUCAUAAAAGCUUGUACUGAACUGAAUAAAUGAGUAGCCACUGUGGACCUAAGAUUAUUUAAUUCUCAAAAAUGAAUAGACCUUGAUGGUAGAUGUGACACAUGUUAGUUUCCUUUCCUUUCAUUUAUUUAAAAUAUUGUUAUGGAGAUAUUGUCUUAUUCUGAGGCACAAUCUUGGAAGGGAGAGUGCAUUUAGUCCCACGUGCAGCUGUACAAAUUGUGGUGUGGCUCUGUAGAAAGCCAUGUGCUAAGAAUAAACUCUGUUUAAAAAACAAAGUUCUAAGACA